GAAUAGAAGAUGCACAGACUCAGUAACAUUAUCUCCCUCGUACCGCGUAAAUUUAAGACAGCGAAACAAAUAACAAGAUUCUACUUUUGGAUUAACAUACAAAAUUUAUAUUAAAUCUAAAAAAUAAAAAAAAUAAAUUAAAGAGAUUCUACUACUUUGGGCUUUAGCGGUUUAGCUCUGCGUUUUCCCUCAGCAAUCGAAUCGACCUCAUCGUCAGCCAUUGCAUUUGCAGAUCGAAAAAACAAAGACCCAGCACACUUCCACGCCGACCCAUCUUCAUUUUUAAUGGCGGCGGGCCCUGUUAUCUUAAGAGUGGCACAAGACGGCUCCGGUGACUUCCGUACAGUUCAGGAAGCAAUUGACUCUGUUCCUCUCUGCAACACCCGUCGAACUGUGAUUCGUCUGUCACCCGGAAUUUAUCGACAGCCCGUGUACGUACCCAAGACCAAGAACUUCAUCACCCUCGCCGGUCUGUGCCCGGAGGACACUGUUCUCACCUGGAAUAAUACCGCCACCAAAAUCGAACACCACCAAGCGCCCCGUGUGAUUGGUACUGGGACUUUUGGGUGUGGGAGCACUAUUGUUGAAGGGGAGGACUUCAUUGCCGAAAAUGUCACUUUUGAGAACUCUUCUCCUGAGGGUUCAGGCCAAGCUGUGGCGAUCAGAGUGACAGCUGACCGAUGUGCCUUCUACAAUUGCAGAUUCCUUGGAUGGCAGGAUACUCUAUACUUGCAUUAUGGAAAGCAGUAUCUCAAAGAUUGUUAUAUUGAAGGAAGCGUGGAUUUCAUAUUUGGCAAUAGCACUGCCCUUUUGGAGCAUUGUCAUAUACAUUGCAAGGCAGCUGGCUUCAUAACUGCCCAGAGUAGGAAGUCCUCUCAAGAGGCAACUGGUUAUGUGUUCUUGAGAUGUGUGAUCACUGGCAAUGGAGGAACUCCAUAUGCAUAUCUAGGACGACCAUGGGGACCUUUCGGAAGAGUCGUUUUUGCUUACACGUAUAUGGAUGGAUGCAUCAAUCAUGUUGGCUGGCAUAACUGGAAUAAAGUAGAGAAUGAAAGAAGUGCUUGCUUUUAUGAGUACAGGUGUUUUGGACCUGGUAGUUGCCCCCCAAAGCGGGUGACAUGGUGUAGAGAGCUGAUGGACGAGGAAGCGGGACAGUUCCUUAUGCACGCUUUCAUUGAUCCAAACGCAGAAAGGCCUUGGCUUGCCCAAAGAAUGGCAUUGAGGAUACCAUUUUCGGCUUAAACGAUUCAACCAAUGAUGACACGUUGGAUACUUCACUAGCUGAUAGAUGAUCAGAGAACCGGGGUUAUUGAAAGCUUGCCUUUAUAGAGUGUGGAUAAUAUGUUCUCUAACUUUGGCGCCCCUUUUAUACAUGAAAGCUCCCUUUGAACUUAUAUUUAGCACUUGGAACAUAGAUAUGCUGCUAAUGUUUGAAAUAAUGGUGUCUUACUACUUGAUAAUUGUUGCUUGUUUA